GAGUCUUAAAGCGAAUGGCGCGCCGAAGCUCCCCUCCAUUGAAACAAGAUAUUCAGGAAGCAGCUCAGCUAGUGACCAAGACGAUCUCCAGUCAGAGGGCUCUCGAAGCUCUUUGCCGCUCCCACCGCGGACGAGUUCAACGACAGCCGAGGGUCAGGCACCCCUGCCUCGACUGUCGCGCUCUCCUCCUUUGGUUCAGAACAACGCUGAUCUGCAGGGAAACAGUUGGGAAGAGGACAGGCUCCGUGCGAGGCGACUCAUGGAAAGCCAGGUGCCACUGCCCUUCAACGAAGGUUUGCCUAUGACGGCAGCGUUUGCGAAACGCAAAACUCUUCCGAGGAAGCUGCCAUCGCUCAAGGCUUUCGAGGACGACCCUCGUGAGCUGGAGGGCAUCUUGCUGGAGGCGCUGGCUUGUUGA